GUCAAUAACUGCAGUGCGACGUGACUUCAUGCAUGUUUUGUUUCCCUCCGCAUUACACCAUCAGGAUCUCGGGGAAUUUCGUGUCUUGGCGAUGUCAUGCCCUUUUCCUUCCGAACAAACAAACACCUCACCACAAACCCCCCCCUCCUCACCCUCUUCCCACUGCCACCUCCAGAUAUUAUAAUAAUCCCCUCACCCCCUUCGAUCCAGUAAAACCAACCCGAAUAUAUUCAACCCGACACCAGCACCAAGAAACCAGUCAACCAUCACGCGGGACAAAUCGUGUCACUAGCGCCCUCCCAACCGCGCGCUAAAGUGGGCCCUCUUACCACACCCAAACGAACAUCUCUCCUCACCCGCACCUCACAGCUUCACCACCACCAGCUUCCACAACCACCAAUUGGCAACCACCACUGCCAUCACCACACUACACCUACACACACACACACGCGGACGACCUCCUCGUCCACACACACACACAGUGACAAUGCAACCGCUUCUCCGCAGCGCGCACCGCUGCACGCUGAAGCCUCUCCGCACGGCCGUCACCGGCAACACACGCGCUCUGUCAGCGACGACUCGCACUCGCGCCGCCGCAGAGGGAGAGAGCCACUAUGAUCCGCCUACGGGAUGGCUGUGGGGCGUUAAGCCGGGGGAGAAGUAUGAGAAGGAGGGGUGGGAGGGGGUGAUGUUUUGGGGGUUUGGGGGGGGGUUGGUGGCGUUGACGGUGGGGUAUGCUUUUAAGCCUGAUACGUCGAUACAGACUUGGGCGCUUGAGGAGGCGAGGAGACGGUUGGAGGUUGAGGGGAUCUUGAAGGAGCCUGAGUCGAAGGAGUAGAGCUUGCGAGCUAUCGAAUUGAGCCCGAAAACCCUGCACGAUUGGGUGGAGAAGAAAACAUGAUGGGGAGGGAUGGUUGAUGGAGAGAGAAACGUUGUAUAUACGGAAUUUUUGCUGGAUUUCUUCGGGGGCGAGUAAGCAGUCGAUGAAUAGGGCUUGAUUAGACCGAUGGUGGCGGUUUGAGAUUGGAGGAAAGGCAUAUUUACACAUAGAGUGCUGUGGUGAGCUGGCAUUGGGGAGAGAAUUUUAUUUGAGUUUUGU